UGCGAGGAGCCGCCGCCCCCCCUCGCAGGGCGCCAUGUUUUGGAAGUUUGACCUGCACACGAGCUCUCACCUGGACACGCUGCUAGAGCGGGAAGACCUGAGCCUGCCCGAGCUGCUGGACGAGGAGGACGUGCUACAGGAGUGCAAGGUCGUCAACCGCAAGCUGCUGGACUUCCUGCUGCAGCCGCCCCACCUGCAGGCCAUGGUGGCCUGGGUCACCCAGGAGCCGCCGGCCAGUGGUGAGGAGCGACUGCGCUACAAGUACCCCAGCGUGGCUUGUGAGAUCCUGACCUCGGACGUGCCCCAGAUCAAUGACGCCCUGGGCGCCGACGAGUCCCUCCUGAACCGGCUCUACGGCUUCCUGCAAAGCAGCGGCAGCCUCAACCCGCUGCUUGCCAGCUUCUUCAGCAAGGUCAUGGGCAUCCUCAUCAACCGCAAGACAGACCAGCUCGUGUCCUUCCUGCGGAAGAAGGACGACUUCGUGGACCUGCUGCUGCAGCACAUCGGCACCUCGGCCAUCAUGGACCUCCUGUUGCGCCUGCUCACCUGCGUGGAGCGGCCCCAGCUGAGGCAGGACGUGGUCAACUGGCUGAAUGAGGAGAAGAUUGUGCAGCGGCUGAUCGAGCAGAUCCACCCGGCGAAGGACGACAGCCAACAUUCCAACGCAUCCCAGUCCCUGUGCGACAUCAUCCGCCUGAGCCGGGAGCAGGUGAUCCAGGGCCAGGACAGCCCAGAGCCCGACCAGCUGUUGGCCACCCUGGAGAGGCAGGAGACAAUCGAGCAGCUCCUGAGCAACAUGUUUGAGGGCGAGCAGAGCCCAUCUGUCAUCGUCAGUGGGAUCCAGGUGCUGCUGACCUUGCUGGAGCCCAGGAGGCCAAGGUCCGAGUCCAUGACCAUGAACAACUUCUUCAGCAGUGUGGAUGGACAGCUGGAGCUGCUGGCCCAGGGGGCCCUGGACAGCACUGUGUCCAGUGUGGGCGCCCUGCAUGCCCUGCGUCCACGGCUUGGCUGCUUCCACCAGCUCUUGCUUGAGCCACCCAAGCUGGAAUCGCUGAGGAUGACAUGGGGUGAUCUGGCCCCACCGCUGGGCAACACACGGCUGCAUGUGGUCAAGCUCCUGGCCAGCGCCCUGAGCACCAAUGACGCAGCCCUGACGCAGGAGCUUCUGGCACUGGAUGUACCUAACACCAUGCUGGACCUCUUCUUCCACUACGUCUUCAACAACUUCCUGCAUGCCCAAGUGGAGGGCUGUGUGAGCACCAUGCUGGGCUCAGGGACCCCUCCCAAUGGCAGCUCUGAGACGCCCAUCCAGAACCCCGUUGUGAAGCACCUGCUGCAGCGGUGUCGCCUGGUGGAACGCAUCCUGACAUCCUGGGAGGAGAAUGAGCGCAUGCAGUCUGGGGGCGGCCCUCGGAAAGGCUACAUGGGCCACCUGACGAGAGUGGCCAACGCCCUGGUGCAGAACUCAGAGAAGGGACCCAAUGCCGAACAGCUGGGCCAACUGCUGAAGGAGUUGCCCGGCGACCAGCAGGAGCAGUGGGAGGCCUUCGUGUCAGGACCCCUAGCAGAGACCAACAAGAAGAACAUGGUGGACCUGGUGAACACCCACCACCUGCACUCCUCCAGCGACGACGAAGACGACCGUCUCAAGGAGUUCAGCUUUCCUGAGGAGGCCGUGCUGCAGCAGGCCUUCAUGGAUUUCCAGAUGCAGCGCAUGACCUCCGCCUUCAUCGACCACUUUGGCUUCAACGACGAGGAAUUUGGGGAGCAAGAGGAAAGUGUGAAUGCACCUUUUGACAAGACAGCCAACAUCACCUUCUCCCUCAACGCUGACGACGAGAACCCUAAUGCCAACCUGCUUGAGAUAUGCUACAAGGAUCGCAUUCAGCAGUUCGAUGAUGACGAGGAGGAGGACGAGGAGGAGGGCCAGGGCUCGGGGGAGUCUGACGGAGAGGACGGCACCUGGCAGGGCCGCCAGCUGGCCAGGGGCGCCCAUCUGGGCCAGCCCCCCGGUGUGCGGAGUGGAGGCAGCACAGACAGUGAGGAUGAGGAAGAGGACGAGGAGGAUGACGAGGAGGAGGGUGAUGGCCGGGCAGCCCAUGAAGGGGCCAGCCCCUCCUCUUACCCCAGCCCUCAGCCUCCAGGUUCCAGCUGGACAGCCACCUUUGACCCAGUGCCUAUGGAUGCCCUUGCUGGCCCCCGAGUCUCCAGGGAGGAGGAGCUGUGCUCCGGGCCCCCAGCCUCACAGGGGCCCCUCGAUGUGCCCCAGAGCCCCCUCACCCAGAGCCCAGCCAGCCCCACGGCCUGUGACGGCCUGCAGCUCAGGUCUCAGGACUCCUCACCCCCCUCAGCACCUCAGGAAGCCACAGGUGGCAGCAAAAUAGCGGAACCCUCAGCCCCCUGCCAGGCCUUGGUCAGCGCCAGGGACCUCCAGGUCACUCUUCACAGGACUGGCUCUGCUCCCAGCUCCUUGGACAGUGCAACCAGAGACCCCUCUACCUCUGUCCCAGUCUCCGGGGUCCACCAGCUCCCCCAGAACACAGAGGGGGAGAAGACCCCAGAAUCCUUGGGGCUUCCCCAAAGCCAGAGUGCUCAGGCCCUCGAACUUCCUCCGAUGCCCUGCAGCUUUGCCCCUGGAGGGCCCGCACCCCCGGGCUCCCAGUGAGUGCGGCUGCAGCUGGGGCGGGCUGGUGGAGCCUGUUCACUGAUCCUCACGACAUCCUCUGUUCCCAGGUAGCUGCCUGGUCGCAGCGGUGGCCGAAUCCUCCGUCCUCCUCGUGGACCCCCGGGUGGGGGCAGGGCGGGUCCCACGAUGGCCCCGUUGUCCUCCUCACCCCCCACAUCCUCUCCUCUGGACUCCCAGGAGGCUGGUGCCAGGGAGACGGGCCCUACCCCCCAUUUGCACUGAGAAGAGAAGUUUCGGAGCCUCGCCUCCUAGAAUAAAGAUAGAGAGUGGAGUAGCGCACGGGAGAGCCGUAUAUUAUGUCACAGGUCUAUCGGGAGGGCAUGAGGAGGCGCGCUGUGCUGAAGGCGGCUCCAAGGCACAGCCCUCUGCCUGGCCCCGUGGAGCUGGGCUUGGGGUCCCGAGGCCGCCGCCCCCUGUCCUGGUGCAGACGCCCAUGCCCACCCCAGCCUUUCAGCUCAGGUCCACCGUGGGGACGGCAUUAAGGGGUGUCAGGGCCCAGUGGGGCCGUGCCUUGUCCAGACCCUGCACUUUUGCCCAGGCUGGCCCAGCUCUGGGUCGCAGAGGCCUCCCUGCAACACCCCAGGGGCCCUGAAAGGGGGUUCAGUGGGCCCCUGCGCCGAGUGUUGGGCCCAGCCCUGUUGCCAAGUGGCCUUGUCCCAGCUCCCUCCUCCCAGGCGGGCGUGAGUGUGUGUGCGUUCAUGCCGAGCUUCUAUUUCAUAUUGCAAAUAUAAAUAAAGACAGUUUACGAUGCUG